GCUGGGACAGUCGGUCCAGGUCUCAUCUGCUCAUCCACUUCCUGUCCUGAGAGAAUGGAUCCCCAAGGCCUGAGGGAAGAUCUGCGUUUGUUUCAGAGCACUCUGCUCCAGGACGGACUCAAAGAGCUUCUGAACGAGAAUAAGUUAAUCGACUGUAUCUUAAAAGUUGGAGACAGGAGCAUCCCCUGCCACCGGCUCAUUCUGGCAGCAUGUAGUCCUUAUUUCCGGGAGCUUUACUUCGCUGAGGAUGGCAAGGAUUUGAAAAAAUCUGAGGUUGUUCUCGAGAACGUGGAUCCCAAUGUAAUGGAGGUGAUUGUGAACUACAUGUACUCAGCAGACAUAGACAUCAAUGAGAACAAUGUGCAGGAUAUUUUGGUUGUUGCCAAUCGCUUCCAGAUCCCCUCGGUGUUCACGGUCUGUGUGAACUUCCUGCAGAAGCAUCUAUCAAAGAAAAACUGCCUCGCCAUCUACAGACUGGGACUGAUGCUGAACUGCGCCCGAUUGGCACUGGCAGCUCGAGAUCACAUCGCAGAUCGGUUUGAAACCAUUUCCAAGGAUGAGGAUUUCUUUGACCUUUCUCCUCCUGAACUCCUUGCUAUUAUUGGAGCAGAUGCACUAAAUGUGGAAAAGGAGGAAAUGGUGUUUGAGACUCUCAUGAAGUGGAUCAGGAAGGACAAAGAGAAGCACUUGAAAUCCUUGGUAGAGGCUUUCGAUUGCAUUCGCUUCCGUUUGCUCCCAGAGAAGUACUUCAAGGAAAAGGUAGAGAAAGAUGACCUCAUCAAGGCCGAUCCAGAGCUUCUCAAGAAAAUCAAAGUCAUCAAGGAAGCCUUUGCUGGGAAGCUGCCCGAGAAGAAAAAGGGACAAGAUGGUGAGGAAGGAGAGGAAGGAGAGGAGGAAAAGUUGCCUGGCUACCUGAACAAUAGCCGCAGAUAUGGCAUGUAUGCCAAAGACAUGGUGCUGAUGAUCAAUGACACUGCUGCUGUGGCCUACGACAGCCAGGAGAACGAAUGCUUUCUCGCUGCGAUGUCUGAGCACAUCCCACGAAACCAUGUCAGUCUGACAUCAAAGAAGAACAACCUGUAUGUGUUGGGUGGACUCUUUGUCGAUGAAGAAGACAAAGAAAACCCGUUGCAAUGUUACUUCUACCAGUUGGACAGUCUUUCUUCUGAAUGGAUCGCUCUGCCACCAAUGGCCUCCCCCAGGUGUCUCUUCGGUAUAGGGGAGUUUGAGAAUCUCAUCUUUGCUGUAGCAGGAAAAGAUUUACAGUCCGACAAGUCGCAUGACACAGUUAUGUGUUAUGACACUGAAAAAAUGAAGUGGACUGAGACAAAAAAGUUGCCCCUGAAGAUCCACGGCCACUGUGUUGUCUCUGAGAACGGGCUGGUUUACUGUAUCGGAGGCAAAACAGAUGACAAUAAAUCAACCAAUAAGAUGUUUGCAUACAACCACAAGAGGUCAGAGUGGAAGGAGGUGGCCUCCAUGACGACGCCCAGAUCGAUGUUCGGAGCAGUUAUCCACAAAGGGAGAAUUAUUGUGGCUGGAGGCGUCAAUGAAGACGGACUCACAGCUGCCUGUGAAGCCUAUGACUUUGCAACCAACAAGUGGUCACCCUUCACAGAGUUUCCCCAGGAGAGGAGUUCAGUCAACCUGGUCAGCUGUGAUGGGCUGCUGUACGCUGUGGGGGGCUUCGCUUUGGUGGAGAAUGAGAACAAAGAGUGUGCCCCCGGUGAAAUCACUGACAUUUGGCAGUAUGAAGAUGACAUGAAACAGUGGACUGGAAUGAUCAAAGAGAUGCGUUACGCAGCCGGAGCGUCAUGUGUGUCCAUGCGUCUAAAUGCAGCCAGAAUGCCUAAACUGUAAUAACAGUGCAGGGACACUCCGGUUUCUGCUGUAGAGGUAUCAUGUACAUCCUCAGAAUGGCUCAUUGUGGUCUAAUGUCAUUUUAACAUAUCACACACAUCCUGCUAACUUGUAUUUUUUUUCAAUAUAAAUCAUGAUUCAUCAUCAAUGAUGUCUAACAUGGAGGUGUUACUGGGUUUUGGACCAGAAGUUUUUGUUUCAAUGGUUUGAAUAGAAAUAAAUAUUUUCUGUUAAUCUGGAAAUGCUCCUCUUCUAUUUAUCUAAAGUGUGUAGUGUGACUCUUUGGCAUUAACAAAUCAUUGCCCUCUUAUUUGCUGCCAUGUUAGUUUUAUGUUCAACCAAAUGUAUUAUUUUCUAAAUAUCCAUGAGCCUUAGCAUUUUGAACAGGGCUCUUAAAUAUUGGAUCUCCUCACUAAGGACAUUGAGCCCUGUGUGUGUAUAUAUAUAUAUGUCUGACAAAUUUCAAUUUCACCCUUUCAAGACAUUAGUUCUGUUUUGAUACAAGAACAAUAACGGGUCAGAUG